AUGCUGAGCAGGUUGAUGAGCGGCAGCAGCAGGAGCCUGGAGCGCGAGUACAGCUGCACCGUGCGGCUGCUGGACGACAGCGAGUACACCUGCACCAUCCAGAGAGAUGCUAAAGGCCAGUACCUGUUUGACCUUCUUUGCCACCACCUGAACCUACUUGAGAAAGACUAUUUUGGGAUCCGCUUUGUGGACCCAGAUAAGCAGCGGCAUUGGUUGGAGUUCACAAAGUCUGUGGUGAAACAAUUAAGAUCCCAGCCCCCAUUCACCAUGUGUUUCCGAGUGAAGUUCUACCCUGCAGACCCUGCUGCCCUGAGAGAAGAAAUAACCAGGUAUUUAGUCUUCCUACAGAUCAAAAGGGAUCUCUACCACGGUCGCCUCCUCUGCAAGACAUCAGAUGCUGCCUUGUUAGCGGCUUACAUCCUUCAAGCGGAGAUUGGAGAUUAUGACCCGGGGAAACACCCUGAAGGCUACAGCUCCAAGUUCCAGUUUUUCCCUAAACAUUCAGAGAAGCUAGAAAGGAAAAUUGCUGAGAUUCACAAGACAGAACUCAGUGGUCAAACACCAGCAACAUCAGAGCUGAACUUUUUAAGAAAAGCGCAGACAUUGGAGACAUACGGAGUGGACCCUCACCCUUGUAAGGAUGUGUCAGGAAAUGCUGCAUUUCUCGCCUUCACACCUUUUGGGUUUGUUGUUCUUCAAGGAAACAAGAGGGUCCACUUCAUUAAAUGGAAUGAAGUGACCAAGCUGAAAUUUGAAGGGAAGACUUUCUAUUUAUACGUAAGUCAAAAAGAGGAAAAGAAAAUUAUUCUCACAUAUUUUGCUCCAACUCCAGAAGCCUGCAAGCACCUCUGGAAAUGUGGAAUUGAGAACCAAGCCUUCUACAAGCUGGAGAAGUCAAGCCAAGUCCGCACAGUGUCCAGCAGCAAUUUAUUUUUUAAAGGGAGCCGGUUCCGAUACAGUGGCCGAGUUGCAAAGGAAGUGAUGGAGUCAAGUGCCAAGAUCAAACGGGAGCCACCGGAAAUCCACAGGGCUGGGAUGGUUCCCAGCCGCAGCUGUCCCUCCAUAACCCAUGGGCCAAGGCUGAGCAGCGUCCCCAGGACCCGCAGAAGAGCUGUUCACAUCUCCAUCAUGGAAGGCCUUGAGUCCCUCCGGGACAGUGCCCAUUCCACCCCGGUGCGUUCCUCCUCUCACGGGGACACCUUCCUGCCUCACGUGAGAAGCAGCCGGGCAGACAGCAAUGAGCGAGUCGCAGUGAUUGCGGACGAGGCCUACAGCCCUGCAGACAGUGUGCUGCCCACCCCUGUGGCCGAGCACAGCCUGGAGCUGAUGCUGCUUUCCCGGCAGAUCAAUGGGGCCACCUGCAGCAUCGAGGAGGAGAAGGAGUCUGAGGCCAGCACCCCAACUGCUGCCGAUGUGGAGGCCCUUGGGGGAGAGCUGAGGGCCCUGUGUCAGGGGCACGGCAGGCCAGAGGAGGAACAGGUGAAUAAGUUUGUUUUAAGUGUCCUCCGUUUGCUCCUUGUGACCAUGGGACUCCUCUUUGUUUUGCUCCUCCUCCUGAUCAUCCUUACCGAGUCUGACCUUGACAUUGCCUUUUUCCGCGAUAUCCGCCAGACUCCCGAGUUUGAACAAUUCCACUAUCAAUACUUUUGUCCCCUCAGGCGAUGGUUUGCCUGCAAAAUCCGCUCAGUGGUGAGCCUGCUCAUUGACACCUGAGAAGGCAUGACUCCUCCCAGUAACUAGCCAGGUGGACCAAGGAGCCCGGCUACCUGUUCCCAGCAAUGGGACCCAUCGCGGAACCAUCGGCACAUGUACCAAGUCCUCCUUUCAUGACUCAAAAGUCCACAGCCUAGGAGGGUUGUCUCCCAGAAGAAGAGAGGGAUAGGCUCAUGCCCUGUCUAAGCAAACUGGGAAAGCGCAUUUCCUUCAGAGGUUCUCUCAAGAAAGGCUCGGCGACUCUUUCUCAUCCUCCCAACUUGCAGGAUAACUUUUGGUUUUGAAUUUUGAUUUUUCAUAGAUGUGUAUUAUUUUGAAAGUAUCAAAUAAAAAUAAUUUAUUUUACUAUUACCAAUGAUCACAGCAGUGUCACCCAGCAGGUGGGACACUAGUUGAGGACUAGAGAGCUGUUGUCUCGUGUGUUCUGCAGGAGCUGUCCUGCUGGGUUCCGGCAGGCUCGUCACAGCAGCCUCAGGGGCUAAGUUUUCUUGCCAGACACAGCUUUUUAAAAAGUAAACAUCCUGUAGAAUGAUUAAAUGGAAACUUGCUUCUUAUGAUGGUCUGAGCUGGAUUUUCUUUUCCUUUUGUUUUUUUCCCCCCAAAUCUGAGCACAGUGGGCAUCUGAAGGGACCAGCGCUACAGCAGCAGCAGCAGCAGGGGUGGGGUAAGUCUGUCCCCUUAGACUAGAUCCUAGUGGGCAUCACCGUGAAUUUUGUAUAAUGAACUUUACCUUCUGUAAUUUUUUUCUGAAGAACCUCAAGACUUGUAGAGUGCUCCAGGGGCGUUAGAUGAAUUUGGUGGUACUAGAGAUAGGAAUUGUCAGAAACGUUGGACAAAGUGUAGUGAACAGAAGCCAGAACUGAGGUACCUGAGACUGCUGAGAGUCAGAGAGCAGUGCUUAUUUUGUACAAGCCCCUCCCCAGCAAAAAAAAAAAAAAAAAGACUAUUUCAACUUAUAUUUUAGCAACAAAAUGUUAUUUUCUUAUCAAUUCAUAUUUUGUUUUUACUUUAUGGACUAAGAAAAUAGAGCCUGACGAACUAAACGAUGCAAGAAAGAAACUGAUCCUGAGAAUGAAAAGCCUCAGAAAAUAGAAUUCCAAGAUCAACAAACAGCCUUGGAAGGGACCAGGAAAAGAAUCUCUUUAAAUAGGAGUUUUAACAGAUGCCUACCAAGAAAGAAGGUGAACGUGGCAGAGACCAACACUUAGAUGUAGAAAUACUGCCCCCUAGGGUCACCCUCUGCAUGAGGAAAAUAAAAGCUGUAGGAAAAGAGCACUUGCCAUCCUUGCUGGGGGAAGCCUCGGAAGCAUGCAGAAGCAUAGCAGGAAAGGGUGAGUGUGGGGUCCAAGGUUCGAGCUCGGCAACUGUUAUAAACACUCACAUGUGAGAUCUUGUUUUCAUCUCAGGGAGUGAUUUCUAAGUCAUCUGGGGCCUGAGGACUUAUUGAAGGACGGUGAGUGGACAAUUCCCGUGACCCUACACAAUAUGGAGCAGCUGCUGACACCUUCUGGUGGUGGGCAGUCCCAAAUGAGAACAGAAUGAGUCACUUAGAUUUGCUCGCCCCUGGUUUGUCCCCUGAGAUGGCAGAACCAUGUCCGUGUAUACAAUGUAACAGCCUUUGAAUAAAAUGGGGUUUUUCUUUUGGGGUGGGCGGAGGGGUACAUAAUUUUAAAUGCCCCUUCAUUGAGACCAGGGGUUGGCAAACUUCUCCUGUAAAGUGCCAGGUAGUAAAUUUUUUAAUUUUGGUUCUGUGGGCCAUACUCUACGGCAACUAUUGAACUCUGCCGUUGUAGCACAAAAACAGCCAGAGGUAUAUAUAAAUAUGUAAAUGAAGGAGCAAGCCUGUGUUCCAAUAAACCUUUAUAUUUAUAAAAAGAGAUGGUGAGCUGAUUGGCCCACAAGCCAUAAUUUGCCAACCCUGAUUUACACAAUAAAACUGCCCCCUCCCAAGCUAGCAGAAAGAGGGUCGGCUCUGCUCCAGUUCCUGGCGUGAGUUAAAGAUCCAGGGUGCUCGAACAACCAACCAGCAAGAGAUGUCUGAUUCCAAGAUGAGUAAGACCAAGUACUGGAAUGCUAAAACAUGGCCAGAAUCUAAGAGUGGAAGAGGGCUUGUCUGAUCAUUUCCAUACCAGCAACAAUUUGGGCAGAAUUACAAACAUCUAUUUACCAAGAGAUAAGACAAACCGAGGGAGAUCCUAGUGAAGAUUAGGGAUCACUUAGAAUUAACUAGCCACUGCCACUUGCCAUCUACAUAGGAAAGGCUUUAUUUAGUACAGAAUUAAAGUGGAAAAAGUAGACUCAGAGAUGAAAAGGCUGUCAGGAGAUAGGGGGCCGGUUUUAACCUGGAUAUCUACUGUCUUAUGCAACAUAGCAGAUUACCUUUUAGUGUAGUGUUCCUACCUCAGUUUGUAGAAUAUGGUGUUUCUAUGCAGUGAGUAAUAGCCUUGACUCUGACCAUUCAUAUUCACAUUAGAAAAUGAUGUAGUAUCCCAUUUCUGGGUACAUUUCUUGUGUCUAGAGUCCUAACAGUACAAUAGUCCACACCAAUUCCAACAGCUAGAUUUUUUCUCUCUGAAUAGAAACUUUCAGACUAAUUGUUUUCCAGGGCUUAUCCCAGAAAAUACCGAUAGAAAGGUUUCCUUCAAUUUGCUUUUCAAAUAGUGCUUGAAUAACAAACUUCCUUUGUUGGUGACUAGUCUUUUUUGAUAUCUCCCCAUCAUUAAAAAUUGUUCAAGUUUCUAACCUGGUUUUACUGUGUUCCACUCUGUCUCUUAUUUUCUCUCAAUUAAUUUGAUCUCAUUGAAAAAGCAAUGGUUUCCAUAGCUUCAUCUAUCAGAGGAAAUAAAACUCUUACUAAAGAAUAGUGUACUGCAUCUUUAAGCAGUAGAGGGUAAACUACCUGCAAAUGUGAAUUUCUUAGUUUCAUUAAAAAAUAGUUGUUAACCUUUCGUGUGCCAAAAAAUCUCAGUUACAUUUUCCUCCAAAGCAAUGUACUUUUUUCUACAUAUUCAGUAUGUAGUUAGCAUAAAAUCAUU